GAGCGGCAAUUGUGGUAGACUUCGUAAGAAACUACUCUGUGAUCACAGUCAGAUCAUAGUUUUUGACCGGAGCGGUGAUCCUACUGACCUAUACAAUUGGAUCUACUACUCCUAAACCAACAUUCAAGGAACUUUUCAUUCGGGACUUGACAGAGGAACCUCUAGAUCAACAAUAAUAUGGGAAAAGAAAAUACCAAUUUGGUCACCGUUUGGAUCAUUCUGGCAAAUAUCUGUGCAUCUUUUUCAAGUACACCAGAACAAACACAUUUUGGUAACAACAACUCUACUGAAUGGCUUGAGGACUACACCGACAUUGUAUCCAAGUUUUCCCUGAGAACCGCUGAGGUACCAGAUGAUGACCUGUGUUACAUCGUUCCCGGCCAGCCCUUAACCGUCCCAGACUGUGAAUUCAACCCUGAGACUCAGACGUUUGUCGUUAUUCAUGGAUGGACGGUCACAGGGCUGUUUGAGAGCUGGGUCCCUAAGCUGGUGACAGCGCUGUAUGAGAGGGAGCCCAAGGCCAACGUGAUCGUGGUGGACUGGCUGACCCGGGCCCAGCAGCACUACCCCACCUCCGCCGCCUACACCAAGCUGGUGGGCAGAGACGUGGCCAAGUUUGUCAACUGGCUGCAGAAAACACUGGACUACCCCUGGGAGAGGAUACAUCUGCUGGGAUACAGUCUGGGGGCUCAUGUAGCCGGCAUCGCUGGUCUCCUCACCAACCACAAAGUCAGCAGGAUCACAGGUUUGGACCCAGCCGGCCCUACCUUUGAGCACGCUGACGCCCAGAGCACCCUGUCCCCUGAUGAUGCUCUCUUCGUGGACGUCCUGCACACCAACACCCGGGGUUCCCCAGACCGCAGCAUCGGCAUCCAGAGACCGGUGGGCCACGUGGACAUCUACCCCAACGGAGGAACCUUCCAGCCAGGCUGUGACCUGCAGAACACCAUGAUGAUGAUCGCCACCACGGGCAUCCAUAAUAUGGACCAGAUUGUGAAGUGUUCCCACGAGCGCUCCAUCCACCUGUUCAUCGACUCGCUGGUGAACGCAGCAGAACAUCAGAGCAUGGCCUACCGCUGCAGCUCCAAGGAGGCCUUCAUGAAGGGAAUGUGUCUCAACUGCCGCAAGAACCGCUGCAACAAGGUGGGCUACGGCGUCAACAAGGUCCGCCUGCCCCGGAGCACCAAGAUGUACCUCAAGACCCGCGAGAUGAUGCCCUUCAAACUUUUCCAUUACCAAGUGAAGGUGCAUUUCUUCAGCAGCGAGAAACUGGACUACACUGAGCAGCCCAUGAAAAUCUCUCUGUACGGAACCCAUGAUGAGAAGGCAGACAUUCCCUACAUCAUGCCCUUCCUGAACACUAACAGCACCGUGUCCUUCCUGCUGACCACCGACGUGGACAUCGGGGAGCUGCUUAUGGUCAAGCUGCGUUGGGAGAAAGACGCUUACUUCAGCUGGUCUGACUGGUGGGGUAACAGCAACUUCCACAUCCGCAAAAUGCGCGUCAAGGCCGGGGAGACUCAGUCCAAGGUGAUCUUCAGCGCUAAAGAUGGAGAGUUUGCCUACCUCGUCAGAGGAAAAGACGACGCAGUCUUUGUCAAAUCAAAAGAGGACAACAUGAGCCGGAAAGAGAAAACGAUGCACAGGCUCAAGAUGCAGGGAAGCCUCUUCAAGAAGAACACUGCAUGAAGCAGCACUUGAAUACAGCCAAAGCUGGAUGAAGCCUGGGAGAGCAUGCUGGAGAGAAGAUAGUUAGUCUCUGACCUGUACUGUUUUCUGCCUUCCAUUCUAUGUCAUGAAAUCUCCAUCCCCAAGCACAAUCUAUAUCACGUUAUCCGCUGUGCUGGGAGUCAGUUUAUGGGCUUUUUCUUCUAUUAACCGUCAUCAUGGAGAGUGUUACAAUUGUCAUUCUAAAAUCAGCUUUUUAAUGGUUUUGACUUUGUCUGACGUUGGUACAUUAUCUUUGAAAUCCUUCAUCUGUGUUCAUGUAUACAAAUCAGAUAAAUGUAUUUCUAACCCUAUUCUGGGUAAUUCCGAUUCAAACUUUUGAUUAAAAGAGAUUGACAUAGCUUCUGCUUUUAUUAAAGCUUUUUGCCACAUUCGGUAUGCUAAAUGUAUGCACUCACUAACUGUAAGUCGCUCUGGAUAAGAACGUCUGCUAAAUGACUAAAAUCUCAAAUGUAAAUGUAAUAAUAAUAAUGUCACUAAUGCCGUCAUGCCUAAACCACUAACUGCCACCAUCACAGGGACCAAAGAUGGUGACACUGUCUACUGAGUUGAAUAUUACAGUGAUCCAUGUAAAUAGCUUUUCAAUCAGUAUUAUACAGUAUAUAUGAGUUGUUGUUGUAGAUUAAUACCCUGCUUGUUCUUUGUGUGCAUUUGGUUAUUGUGUUUGGCACGGGUCAAACUGGAUUGUUGUGUUUAGAUUAUUAUUUAAUUGGUCACUUGACUUGAGAAGAAGAGAGGUCACAAGCAGAAGUUAGCAUUUCCUGAAAACUUCUAUUACAUCCUUUAUAGGUCCAAAAUUAUGUGGAAACAAUUACCUUAACCCUAUUGGUCAAGCAUGCCUUUUUGAAAGGUCAAACAAAAUGCUACACUAAAUGUAGAACAUAUCUCUGAGCCUUUGCAAACAUGGGUGGACAGCCCUACAUAAUAGCCAUAAUACAUCCCAAUAAUGUUUCAUAUUCUAUUUAUUGAAUGUACCUGUAUAUAUUUGUAUAUUAAGCUGUAAUAUAUUUGGGCAAGUUUCCAAUUAUGUCUUUAUUUUUAUUGAUGAAGCUUUGAUUUUAUGCGUGUGGCUUUGGACAGACUGAUCAAAUUGGUCUCCAUGCUAGCUGAUGAGUACAUGUACUUUUAUGAACUGAAAUGCAGUGCACUGUAUGAAGGAAAAACAUGAUACUUUAAUAAAGUGAAUACAUUAUA